AGCAUAAUUUGACAUGGCCAACAAAGAAGUAACCUCUGGAAAAGUUGGCAAGGACAAGUACAGGUCUUUCUUGCAUGAUGAAGGUGAGAACAUCCAUUGGAGACAUGGUGGCCCUCCAACCUAUGAUGCUGUCAAUAAGCUUUUUGAAGAAGGAAGAACUAAGGAAUGGCCGAAAGGGUCACUUGAGGAGACAGUGCAAAAUGCUAUCAAGUCAUGGGAGAUGGAGCUCUCACACAAGACCCGCUUAAAGGACUUCAAGACAAUAAACCCUGAAAAGUUCAAGCUCUUUGUGAAUGGAAGGGAGGGAUUAUCUGGAGAGGAAACUCUAAGGUUGGGAAGUUAUAAUGCUUUGUUGAAAAGUUCUCUACCAGAAGACUUGAAGAUAUACAGAGCAGAUGAAGAGACUUUUGAAUCAUCUCAUCAAGCCUUCAAAUCAGCAUUUCCACGCGGGUUUGCUUGGGAAGUGAUCAAAGUUUAUAGUGGACCACCUGAAAUUGCCUUUAAAUUCAGGCACUGGGGCUUCUUUGAAGGCCCUUUCAAGGGACAUGCUCCUACUGGGAAGAUGGUCCAAUUCUAUGGCUUAGGAACUGUCAAGGUGGAUGACUCUUUGAAAGUUGAAGAGGUGGAGAUUUACUAUGAUCCAGCAGAGAUGUUUGGAGGCCUUCUGUCAGGGAAGCACACUAAUUACCCCAUAGAAAGUGGCACCAAAACUUCAGCAGCUUUCCAAGAAUGUCCUUUCUCCAAAUAAUUACAUAAAUUUUAAAGUGAAU